AUGUGAACAUCAUGAAGAAGAUGAAUUUUGAUGCAUAUCGUUUCUCAAUCUCAUGGUCACGGAUUUUUCCAAAUGGCACAGGGAAGAUAAAUCGGAAAGGUGUGGCAUAUUACAACCGUUUGAUAAAUUACAUGAUAAAACGAGGCAUUACUCCUUAUGCAAAUUUACAUCAUUAUGAUGUCCCGGAAGCACUUGAGGAGAAGUAUAUGGGCUGGUUAAGUCAAAGAAUCGUGAAGGAUUAUGCAGACUAUGCGGAUUUUUGCUUCAAAACUUUCGGAGACAGAGUUAAACACUGGAUGACAUUUAAUGAGCCAAGAGUGACCGCUGAUCUUGGAUACAAUGAUGGAAGCUUUGCCCCUGCAAGAUGCUCAAAUUGUACUAAUGGUGGUAACUCUGCUACAGAGCCCUACAUUGCUGCCCACACCAUGAUCCUCUCUCAUGCUGCUGCAGUGAAGAGAUACCGUGAAAAAUAUCAGGCUACACAAAAGGGAAGAAUAGGGAUCAUAUUGGAUUUUCUUUGGUAUGAACCUUUAUCCAACUCGGCCAAUGACAAAGCAGCAGCUCAAAGAGGAAUAGACUUCAGUAUCGGAUGGUUUCUUGACCCGAUAAUAUAUGGCGAGUAUCCGAAAACAAUGCAGGAGAUUGUUAAAGAAAGGUUGCCCAAAUUCACACCAAAUGAGGUUAAGAUGGUCAAAGGUUCCAUGGAUUUUGUGGGAAUUAACCAAUACACUACUUAUUAUGCUUAUAAUGAUCCUCAUUUACCAUUGCAAUCCAAACCUACAAACUAUUCUCUUGAUAUGAGAAUUGGAACUGCUUUUGAUCGCAACGGAGUGCCAAUUGGACCCAAGGCAAAUUCCAAGUUGCUUUACAUUGUGCCAUGGGGAAUGUACAAAGCUAUAACAUAUAUCAAAGAACACUAUGGAAACCCUACCAUUAUUCUCGCUGAAAAUGGGAUGGAUGAUCCUGGUAACAUCACUUUGCCUGGUGGAUUGCAUGACACGAAAAGGAUAAACUACUUCAAGAGUUACAUAACUGAGCUCAAGAGGGCAGUGGAUGAUGGAGCGAACGUCAUAGGUUAUUUCGCUUGGUCGUUGCUGGAUAAUUUCGAAUGGACGAAAGGGUACACUUCAAGGUUCGGUUUAGUGUACGUCGAUUUCGAGAACCUCAAGAGGUACCCUAAAAUGUCGGCUUAUUGGUUUAGAGAUAUGCUUGAGAGGAAGAAGAAGAAUUAGU